GCUUUGCUGUCCAUUUUUGUUUUGCAAAACUUUUUGCAAAUUUCUGCAAUUAGAAAAUAAUCUACAACAUCAAAACGCUGUCGAAAUAUAUAACUCGCAGUGCCCAACAUAAUGGCCGAUCCGAAAUUUCAAAACUUGCCCGGCAUUGCUUAUGACCAGCCGGAUGUUUUUGAGACUCCCGACGAUCCGGAGCCUGAUACGUCCGACUAUUACGAAGAGGAGCCGGAAAACGAAGCCAUUGAGCGAAUGCACAUUUCGCCCAGCGCAGCACACAAACGCUUUAGUAAUUCAACUCUCGAGGGCAACGUUGAUUUCACGGAUCGCAUUGGACGUCGCGUGUGCCGCGGCUACGAUGUGCGCGGCGGGGAAUACGAGCUGGUUUGCCAGGGUGAAAAGGAAACGCCGGUGCAAAAGUGUCAGCGCCUGCAAAUUGAGAUGAAUGAGCUGCUCAAUGAAGUUGCAGCCCUGCAAGUCGAUCGAAAAAUCGCCGAAGAAGAGAAACAAUCUUAUGAUGCGGUUGCCACUGUGAUUAGCACGGCCAAGAGAGUGUUGGAUACCUUGAAACUGGAGCAAGUACUUGGCAAGGAGCAAACGCCCAAUGAUAAGCAGGUCAAAGCACUUGUCGCCCAAGUGGAGGAAUUUAAGCAGUCUGGUGUGCUGACAGCUCUGCCGACGCCUGGCACGGAUUUGGCAUCCACAGCGCGUGUCGCGAAUCUCGAACAACGUUUGCAUCAACUGGAAAAGGCUGUCGGUGCGCACCCAGAGAAACUAAGUCGCUUGACAGCGGUCACCAACACGUCCAACGUGCUUGAGGCUGUCCGGCAUCUGAGCACCAAGGCGGCCCUACUCCAGCCGGAUAAACUGGACGCGAUUGAGCAGCGUUUGACUUCUUUGGCUGGCAAAAUGGAUGCCAUUGCCGAAAAGUCCAGCGGCAGCACUCAGGAUGCGAAACGUGACCAAAAGGUGACCGAGCUCUAUGAUAUUGCAAAACGUACCGAACCAGUUGUCGAAAUGCUGCCACAUGUCAUUGAACGCAUGCAGGCACUGGAGGCUUUGCAUAAAUAUGCAAACAAUUUUGCCAAGAUCAUUGCGGAAAUCGAACAAAAACAGGGCACCAUUACGACCAGCCUGGUAAACAACAAGGAACUUCUUCAUUCGGUUCAGGAGACUUUUGCCCAAAAUCUGGAAACGAUCAACACAAAAAUGGCUAAAGUUGAACAGCGUGUUGCGGCCAUAACCAGCGCUAAGUAAAUAGGACAGGAUAUUUCAAAUGUCUAGCACACAUGACUAGAAUUAUAACAAUUAUCAAUGAAAAUAUUUAUUUGUAUCAAUAAAGCAAACGCUUGGAAUUUCCACAU